GCCGUCCGUGUUACAGAAUAGAUGCUUCGGAUCCUCCAAGCACGCAGCCACACGCUUCUCCUGCUCUAGUCCUGACCGAUGUCACGGAAAUAGCUUAGGUUGUCUAAAAUGGAACGCAAGGAAAAGGAAUCCUAUGUUAGUGCGCUCAGUGAUUUUAGGUCGAUUUUUUGAAGAUUGCAAGUUUAAGAACACUUACGACGGCUCUCAUUUUCUGGAUCGCUCAAAGGAAAAUUAAUUUAACUGACAAUCUUCCCUAGUCCUUCGCUUCAGAAAGAAGCAUAGAAGAAGGAAGAUAGGAAAAUAAAACUUCAGCUGAUCCGUGCAUAGUGCCCAAUCUGAACCGUGAAGGAAAAUGUUUUAAGCGGUACGCAAGAGGCUUCAUAGCUUGUGCUGACGGUCAUCCUACUGUCCUAGAGGAGAGAGCCUCAGAGAUCGAGAGUAAAUUGCUUAUUUUGUAGUUGGCACUUGCAAAAUAUCUUCACAUCUUAAUAGGAUGGAACAAAUUGUUAAUUUGGUCGUUUAUUUCUUAAUGAUUUCAAGCAUCGAUCGAGUCUGCACUUAUCCCACACCAAAUGACAUUUUGUCAGGAAAAGAGUUCCUAUCGAUUCUCAUGGAGACAGAUCUUCCAAACAGGAAAAGCAUUAGCACCAACACUCAAAGUCAAUCAAUGGUUGUGACCGGCUAUCCAUAUAGAGGAUCUCGGAAGUAUCAUCAUUUUUAUAACGAUCGUUCAGAAGUUGAGGACAGUGUACUACCUAUCGAAAGUCUAUUCACAUCACAGGAAAAUCUAACGUCUAGUGGGUCUAAGUCUUACGGAUACAGGAACAGACAUCGGCCACGGAGUGGGAAACUGUUUUUAAGUUCAACGUCAACGUCAACUACAACUACAACUACAGCUGAAAUGAAUAAUGAAAUAGGAGAGAUGAAUGCGGUUAUUUCUGGAACCAGUGAAAAUUCAAGAUUGAUUGAUGAUGAUAUGAUUGAAAGCACUACUACAAUUAUACCGGAGCUAUCAACUGAAAUGAAUGUAACUUUUAGCAGUUCAGUGACGACUACUGAAGUAUUAACUACUUUUUCCAAUGGACAACAAUUUGGAGAAUUUCCUAAACAAAACCAUGAAAUCGAACCAGCGCAACUGAAUGAAGAAAAUAAAUCUAUCAGCUCAAAAUCAUAUCGAAGCGAAUUGGCAGUAGAUGAAAUGCCACCAUCAGUUGAUUCUGAUAGAGCAGAUCCGGAACGCGGAGAAUCUAGUAAUAUUCAACGUGUAAUAGCCAUGUCAGGAACUGAAGCUCUAUAUGUUCAGCAAAUUCGAGGUCGAAUGCAACGGAAACAAGAUGCGAUAGCUCCACAACAAACAGUCAUCUAUCAUGAUAAGGAUAACGGGCAAGAGCAACAUCAGUCUGUUUCUUACAGCUAUAUCGGCGAAACUGCUCCAACCCUUAAAACUUGGAAGGAUAUUGAUGAAGAAUAUUUGAAGAGACCCUCCCAGUCAGAUAACAGCACUGCGAAAACCACAAAAAGUUCGACUGGUGACUCAAUAAUUCAAAACACUGGUAAAAUAUGGUCAGAACCAGAGAAGAACUAUAGUGAACCUGCUAAAGUAUGGUCGGAGCCUGCAAAAAUUUAUUCUGAACCUGCCAAAAUUUAUUCUGAACCAGCUAAAAUCUAUUCUGAGCCCGCAAGGAUAUAUUCCGAGCCAGCGAAAGUCUAUUCUAGACCUUCCAGCUACUGGCAAACAGCGUACGAUCGUCCCUCAUCUGGUGAUUCAUCAACAGUCGAACCUUCCAGUUUACCAAAACGAAUUGUAUUUAAUGACCUAGAUAAGAUUCCAUACGAUGAAUUGAACGCUCCUACUAUUGUGGAAGAUUCCAAAUCCAUUCACAACGCAAUAGGGAAGUUUACUCCAAAACAAGUUCACGAACCGCCAAAACGGUAUAAUUAUAAACCUACUCCAGAUCCAACGGAGAUUGUGGAUCCGUAUGUAGAAAAACAAGUGAAUAGAAACGAUAGUUCAUCUUCUGUCGUGCGAACCCUUGGUCCCACUGCCGGUUCAAGCGAUGACUCCAAAGUGGGCUACGUUGUUGAAGGGCGUAAUUAUCGCAAGUAUCGCGUAGAAGAGAAAACUCCAGAUGGGUUCAUUGUUGGGGAAUAUGGAGUAUUGAGUCACAACGACGGCAAACUCCGAGGUGUUCGUUAUACGGCAGACUCUGACACCAAUCCUAGGCUGAUAUAUGAUGCUUUGCUGAAAUUUCUGUCACUUUGAAUCAAGAAGGGGGUUGUCUGAAGGUAACUGUUGCCAAAUAGAGUGUACUAUCGUCCCUUUUACUAUCCAUUAUCAGAAAGGAAUCGCAAAAUAUAUAGUAAUGCACAAGAGAUAAAAUAGAUUAUCUUCUAAUACUCAACCAGUCCUGUCGUUCUAAGAGCAGUGUUAAAAUACUAAGACGAUGCCAUACGAACUACGAACUUUUCAACUACAUUGAUUGCUAAAUGUAUAUAAUAAUGACAAUGGCCUUCAUACGUCGUUUGCAUGUUAGCAAUUGGAUCGUUUAACAAGUUGAAUUUGAAUGUGAUAGUAGACUAGGGUAACUAUUAAUUUAUUUGUCCGGUUUAUUCCAAACCCGCGAUAGUGUCAGGAACAAUACGAUAACUGCUCAAUUUGGAGAUUUUUAUUUUGAAACAGAAUUCACUCAAAAUAACAACUUGCCAUAUCAAUUCGAACUGAAAUAUAGUAGCACUUAAAUAGAUCCGUUAAGAUAAAGCAAUUGUAAUGUUUGUAGUGUAAUGAUAGAGAAGCAAAGUUUCACGAAUAGAAUUUAUCCGUUUUGUCACGGAUAAGAAAAAAAAGAAUCAAUAAUGAAACGAAUGAAUGAAGGUUGAAUAAUCUAGAUUAACGUAUGAUAGGAUCUUUCUGAAAUUAAAUUAUGUCGAAUAAAUACUGCUGAAGUUUCAA